ACCUGACGUUAAACAGCCAAGGAGACUCGUCUCUAGUCGGGAAAGAAGAAUCGGUGGCCACCUUCAAGGGGAACGAGUUCUUCUGUUACGAUCUGUCCAUGACUCCCAUCCAGAGCAGCACGGAUGAGAUCACGCUGUCCUUUCGAACGCUCCAGCGUAACGGCCUGAUGCUUCACACCGGGAAAUCUGCAGACUACGUCAACCUGUCUCUGAAGAGCGGAGCCGUGUGGCUCGUCAUCAACCUGGGCUCCGGCGCCUUCGAGGCGCUCGUGGAACCGGUCAACGGGAAGUUUAACGACAAUGCUUGGCACGAUGUUAAAGUCACGCGAAACCUGCGACAGCACUCAGGCAUUGGACACGCUAUGGUAAACAAACUGCAUUAUAUGGUCACCAUCUCAGUGGACGGCAUCCUGACCACCACUGGAUACACGCAGGAGGACUACACCAUGCUGGGCUCCGACGACUUCUUCUACAUCGGAGGAAGCCCAAACACGGCCGACCUGCCCGGAUCUCCUGUCAGCAACAACUUCAUGGGCUGCCUGAAAGACGUGGUGUACAAGAACAACGACUUCAAGCUGGAGCUGUCUCGUCUGGCCAUCGAGAGCGACCCUAAGAUCAGUCUGCACGGGGACCUGGUGUUCCGCUGCGAGGACGUGGCGGCCCUCGACCCCGUGACCUUCGAGACGGCCGAGUCCUACAUCGCCCUGCCGCGCUGGGACACCAAGAAGACCAGCUCCAUCUCCUUCGACUUCCGCACCACGGAGCCCAGCGGCCUGCUGCUGUUCAGCCACGGCAAACCUCAGAGCCGAGAGCAGCGGCCCGGCCGAGAGAUGAAGACUGACUACUUCGCCAUGGAGCUGCUAGACGGCUUCCUCUACCUGCUGAUGGACAUGGGCUCCGGCAGCAUCAAGCUCAAGACCAGCAACAAGAAGGUGAACGACGGAGAGUGGUGCCACGUGGACUUCCAGAGAGAGGGACGGAGAGGCUCCAUCUCCGUCAACAGCCGCUCCAUCCCCUUCAGCUCUAACGAGGGCAGUGAGAUCCUGGACCUGGACAGUGACAUGUAUCUGGGUGGUUUGCCGGAGAGCGGUCAGGGCCUGAUCCUGCCGCCCGAGGUCUGGACCGCGCUGCUCAACUACGGUUACGUGGGCUGUGUCCGUGACCUGUUCAUCGACGGUAAGAGUCGAGACGUGCGUCGUCUGGCUGAGAUCCAGAGCGCUCCGGGCGUCAGCAGCUUCUGCACGCGUGAGCUCCAGAAGAGGUGCAGCAGCGCCCCCUGUGCCAACGGAGGACAGUGCAAGGAGGGAUGGAACCGCUACAUCUGUGACUGCACUGGCACCGGAUUCCUGGGAGCCAACUGUGAGAUCGAGGCGACGGUGUUGAGCUAUGAUGGCAGCAUGUAUCUGAAGAUCCUGAUUCCCAGCACGCUGCACACAGAGGCCGAGGAUGUGUCUCUGCGCUUCAUGUCCCAGCGAGCGUACGGUCUGCUCAUGGCCACCACCUCCAAAGAGUCAGCUGACACACUGCGACUGGAGCUGGACGGAGGACGGGUCAAACUCACAGUCAACCUCGACUGUAUCAGGAUAGACUGUAACCUCAGUAAAGGUCCAGAGAUCCUGACGGCUGGUCAGAAACUGAAUGAUAACGAGUGGCACUCAGUGAAAGUGGUCCGGCGCGGGAGGAACCUGCAGCUGUCCGUGGAUAAUGUGACUGUGGAAGGUCAGAUGACCGGUGAUCACACACGUCUGGAGUUCCACAACAUCGAGACGGGCAUCAUGACGGAGCGCAGGUUCAUCUCUGUGGUGCCGUCUAACUUCAUCGGGCACCUGCAGGGCCUGACGCUCAACGGCGUGCCGUAUCUGGACCAGUGUAAGAACGGAGACAUCUCGUACUGCGAGCUGAACGCCCGCUUCGGCAUGCGCCACAUCAUCGCCGACCCCGUGACCUUCCGUAACAGAGGCAGUUACCUGGCGCUGGCCACGCUGCAGGCGUACGCCUCCAUGCACCUGUUCUUCCAGUUCAAGACCACCAGCAGCGACGGCCUGCUGCUCUUCAACAGCGGCGACGGCAGCGACUUCAUCGUGGUGGAGCUGGUCAAAGGGUUCGUCCACUAUGUGUUUGACCUGGGGAACGGCCCGUCUCUGAUGAAGGGAAACUCUGAGAAGCCGCUCAAUGACAAUCAGUGGCACAACGUGGUGGUCUCACGCGACACUAACAACGUGCACACGCUGAAGAUCGACUCUCGCACCGUGACACAGCACUCCAACGGAGCCAGGAACCUGGACCUCAAAGGAGAGCUGUAUAUCGGUGGAGUAGCGAGGAGCAUGUACAGCAGUCUGCCGAAGCUGAUCGCGUCUCGGGACGGAUACCAGGGCUGCCUGGCCUCCGUGGACCUGAACGGCCGGCUGCCAGACCUGCUCGCAGACGCCCUCCACAGAGUCGGCCAGGUGGAGCGAGGAUGCGACGGACCCAGCACCACCUGUACGGAGGACUCGUGUCAUCAUCAGGGGGUGUGUCUGCAGCAGUGGGAGGGCUUCUCGUGUGACUGCACCAUGACGUCCUACGGGGGCUCAUACUGCAGCGAUCCUGGGACGACCUACAUCUUCGGCCGCGGAGGGGCCCUCAUCACAUACACCUGGCCCCCGAACGACCGGCCGAGCACGAGGGCAGACCGGCUGGCCGUGGGCUUCAGCACGCAGCUGAAGGAGGCCGUUCUGGUGCGGGUGGAGAGCGCCAAGGGACUCGGAGACUAUCUGGAGCUACACAUAGAGCGCGGGAGGGUCGGCGUGAUCUUUAACGUGGGGACGGACGACAUCGUCAUCGAGGAGAGCGGGGUGAUGGUCAGCGACGGGAAGUAUCAUGUGGUCAGAUUCACACGGAGCGGUGGGAACGCCACACUACAGGUGGACAAUCUGCCUGUGCUGGAGCGCUUCCCUUCAGGGGGCUUUGAUAGUGAACGGCUGGCUAUUGCUAGGCAAAGAAUCCCGUACCGACUCGGUCGGGUAGUUGACGAGUGGCUACUCGACAAAGGUCGGCAGCUGACCAUCUUCAACAGCCAGGCCUUCAUUAAGGUGGGCGGGGGUGAGAAGGGCCGUAACUUCCAGGGUCAGGUCUCAGGGCUGUACUAUAACGGCCUGCAGGUGCUGAAGCUGGCGGCGGAGGGCGAUCCGAACGUUCAGGUGCAGGGGAACCUGCGUCUGGUGGGAGACGUGCCCUCCGUCAUGAGCACCGACACCACCUCCACCACACCCCUCGCAGACAUGUCCACCACCAUCAUGGAGACCACCACCACCAUGGCCACCACCACCACCCGCAGACAGCGCUCACCCACCAUGAGAGACAGCGUCACGCAGAAUACUGACGAUCUCUUAGUAGCGUCAGCAGAAUGUCCGAGUGAUGAUGAAGAUCUCGAGGAGUGUGAGCCUGGAAACGGAGGUGAACUAGUGUUGCCAAUUAUAACUGUGGAUUCCCUUGACCCCCCAUCAAUUGUGACACAUUACCCCGUUAUUCCCCCGCCCCCGACCUAUCGCCCCUUCCUCACUUUGCUCGAGACCACCAAAGAUUCUCUCCCCUUGCCCGGCCGGCCCCCCUGUCCGCUGGACCAGGAGGACUGUGAAGAGCCCAUGGAGGUCUCGGCCUAUGGCUCGGGCGAGAUGACGGAGUCCGAUGAUGAGGAUUAUUAUAAAAACUCCCCCCUUGUCACUGACCGGACUGUACUCCCCCCUCCCCCUGCAGCCGGGGACCCCCGAGGCGACCGGCCAAUCGCACAUAAUCCCAAGUCCCAUCGCCCUCCGCUCCCGUUCGCCCCCACGGCGCCCCCGGUGCCCCGGCUCAAACCCGGCAUCAACAGUGGCCCCAACAUCCCCGCGGGUAAAAUGAACACCCGCGACCAGGUGCUGCUGCCGCCCGUACAGCCGUCGGGCGACCCGGAAUAUGGCGGGCGGCACCGGCAUGUCCCAGGUAUAACGUAUCCUCCCAAUUUUCCCCAUGUGCCCACUACAGACCCCUCAUCACCAGACCGAGGGCCUCCAGGAGCAGUGGAGGUGAUCCGAGAGUCCAGUAGCACGACGGGCAUGGUGGUGGGCAUUGUGGCUGCAGCCGCUCUCUGUAUCCUCAUCCUACUCUAUGCCAUGUACAAGUAUCGCAACCGCGAUGAAGGCUCCUACCAGGUGGACCAGAGUCGCAACUACAUCAGCAACUCGGCCACGCAAAGCAACGGAGCCCUGGUGAAGGAGAAGCAACCCGGUGCAGCCAAGAUGGGCACAAAGAGCAAGAAGAACAAAGACAAGGAGUAUUACGUCUGAGCUCGGCCUCCAGAGGGACCGAGGCGGAAGCGAGGGGGAGAAGGAGAGAGAUAGGAUGAGGAAUGGAAAGGGAGGUCCGAGUAUUUAUUGCAGUUUACCAGUCACAUUUAGAGCUCUGACAUCAGUCUUCUUUAAUUUCCAAUCUAGCUGUAGGUUUCAUUUCCAGUAAGAGAGUAUAUGAGUUCGAAAGCACAUAGGAUUCAGAAUCACCCCCUCCCUCAUUUCCAUUUUUGAUAACUAAUCCCUAUUACCAAAAUAAAAAUUCCCUCACUUGUAAUUUAACACUCUAGUUUGUACUUUGUUAAUACUAGUCCUCAAUAUUCAGAAAAUCUCAUAAUCUGAUGUCAAAACAC